UUGCUUUCCAAUGGGCUCCUUCGUGAAGAAAGUGCUGCUUCUGGGGAUCCUCUCCUACCUCGUGUUCCUCACAGUUGACUUUUCAGCACCAGAGAUCCAAGCGGUGCGCUCACAAGUUGAUUCUUCCUUCACCCAUAUCAAGAGCCAUAAAUACUAUAAUGACUACGUGAUACCAGCUCAAUCUCAAUUGGAACCUUUCCUCACUAACGUCAACACCAAAUACAUUAGUCCUUCAUAUUCCAAGGCUACCGGUGUCGCUGCUGGUAAAUAUAAGGUCUAUUUAUCCAAACAUGUUGAUAAUGUCGUUGAUAAAGUGGUGAACUCGCCAGUUUUUGACAAGAUCAUUGUUUAUAAACCUCAAUUGGUCAAAUAUUAUCAAUUGGUUGAGGAAAAAGCAAAGUUCUUCAAUACCCUUGCAGUGAGGUAUACUCUGAUUGGGUUUAGCAAGCUUAUUGAACAAACUACCUUGUUGAGAGCAAAAGCUUGUGAACAUUAUAAAUUGACAAAGCCUCUUGUGAUUGAUUUUUAUAAUAACAAAGCUAUUCCUUUUUCAAAAAGCACUCAAUCCAAGUCUAUGAAGUCUAUUGCAAUCGCUAGGGUUCAAGCUGCUAAGCAUUUCAAGUUGAUUAAAUUGCAUGUUUUUGAAAUUUAUGCCAAACAUGUUGCCCCAUUUUAUCACUCCAAAGUCUUACCAUUGAUUAAACCAAGUUAUGACAAAUAUUUGAAAGAACAUGUCGAUUUUAUUAUCAGUCAAGCUAUCAAGUAUUACAAUCUAUUCAGGGUUGAACAAAUUAUUUCAUUGUCUCAUAAAUGUUAUUCUUCAGCCUAUGAACAAAUCAUCAAAUAUGGUAAUUCAGAUUCGUCAAAUCAAGAAAGUGACUCCACAGCAGCCACUUCUGAUAGUCCAACUGAUUUUGAAGAAGAAACUGAAGUUCCAACUCUUGAAAUAACACCUGAAGAAGAAGCAUCCACUGAAGCUAAAGAAGCAAUCAUAAGUGAUGAACCUUCUCAAACUGAAACUGAAACCGAAACUUUUGCUGAGACUGCAACCGUCUCAUCAUAUGGAUCUUUUUCUGAAUCCACUGAAGAUUCUUUAGAGACAAAGGCUGCACAGGAGGAAAAUGCUGAAUUGACAUUAUCUUUAGCUGAUGAAAUUACAGCAUGGAGAAAUUUUAUUGAUGUUACUGUUGAAAAUAUUUUCAAGAAUUUUGACAAAUCAAUAAGGGAAUUAGAGCUGGAACAACUUGGCGAAGCUAAACCUCAUAUCUCUAAAUUAUUAUCAAAUUUAAGUCAAACUUCAAAUAUGGAUUAUGCUUAUAUCAAUAGGGUCAUUUAUGAUAUCAAUUCUACUACUGUGAUUCUUGAAAAUGAUGAAGAGGCUGAACUUGAUAUGUCUGGGAAACUCAUUGAUCACAAGAUUUCAAGACAAGAAUUCCGUGAAUUAUUAGCUGAAAAAAGUGAAUCAUUAAAAUAUUUAGCUGAUCAAAUCAAUGUUGAGUUGAAAAAACAUGUUGCUGAUAUUGAAGACAAUUUAGAAAUUGAAAGAAAAUUGAUUGUGGAUAUUUUUGAAGAGUUUGCUGAAGUUUCAAUCAAUGAAUUUAGUAAAAAAAUGAUGUAUUCAACUUUUUCAAAUACUUUUAAAAAAAUUGAUCAAGAAGGUUUACAAGAUGAUGAUGAAAAUUUCUCAGAUUGGAGAGAAUACGUCAAGGCUAAAAACUAUUUGAUCAAAAAAAGAGAAGAACUGAUUGCAAAGAAACCAGAUUUUGAAUUGAUUAAUAAACUGAUUAGCGAAGUUGCAUUCACAAUGAAAACUUUGGAACAGGAUUCCGGUAAUGGAUUUGCCAUUCUAAGAGCCAAAGCUAAUCUGGCUUUCCAAGCUCGUGAGGCUAGAGAAAGAGCUGAAGAAGCUGCCAUUGAAGCAGGUGAAGAAAUUACAAUGACUUACCUCAAAACCAAAACUGCAACAAUUGGUGAUGAUGGAAUUGUCACUGAUCCAAAAGAGACUGAAGAAGUCAAAGUUGAUACACCAGUUAAAUAUUUUGUUGAAUUGUCCCAUGAAGCUGUUUCUCAAGAAACUAAGGUUGAUGAACCAGUCAAAUCUUUUGUUCAGUUAUCUCAAGAGACCGAAGAAUCUCAUGAAACCAAAGUUGAUACCCCUGAAAGAGUAGUUGUUCAGUUAUCCCAAGAAUCAAAAGCAACCACUCAAACUGCAAUUGUUGAUGCUCCUGUUAGAUCCUAUGCUCAACCUGAAGAUGUGGAGACACCUUUAAACGAGGAAGAAGAUUUGGUUGAGGCUGUUAAUGAAGCUGCAGAAACUGAUAAAGUUACUCCACCAGAGCCAGUUGAACCAGUUGGUGGUAUCCAACAACCUAUUGUUGACGAAGCCGAGCCUGAAUCCGAACCAUCUGAUGAAGAAAUCGUUGAACAUCAACCUGAUUCUGAAGAGAAUGAACCUGAGGAGGACAUUGUUGAGCAUCAACCAGAUUCUGUAGAAGAGGAUGAAACUCCAAUCCCUGAAGAUACCCCAGAACCUGAGUAGUGGUUGACAUUUAUCUAACUAGACUGGACAAUUGCUUUUAUUCUACGCCUUCUUGUAUAGUAUUUUUAAUCUUUUGUUAUUAC